CGUGGUGUGGCAGUGGUCGGGCGAGGUUGUAGUGCUAUACGCUCUCUCUCUUCCCCUCUCAGUCCCUCCCUCUUUCGCUGACGAGAACUUGUCAACAACAACAGAAAAACUCUACUUGCUGACGUCCACCAAGAUGUCAGCCCCAAGUGUAAUAGCAAAGUAGAUAAUGUACUUACCAUGGAGGAGAAGUACUUACCAUGGCGUAGAUAAUGUACUUACCAUGGAAUAGAUAAAGUACUUACCAUGGUAUACACUCAAACACUGACUUACUCUCGUAGAAAAUCAUUGUUUGUGAAUCUGUUUUGGGAUAAGAUAGAAGACUCCUAAUUCCUGACCAGAGAUGUACUGCAGGGUCGUGGCUCUGGUGGUGGUGGUGGUGGCUGGGACAGUAUGCUGGGCUAGUCCCUUACCUGUAAGGAUCUCCCCAAAGGCUUCACACCGGGAGAGACUGAGAGCUGCCAGGGAACUUCUCAAACAGUCGCCGCUUAUUGACGGGCACAACGAUCUAGCGUGGAAUGUGAGGAUGUUUCUACACAAUAAACUCCACUCGUUCAACCUGUCGACUGACCUGACCCGAGAGAAGCCUUGGAUGAAUUCACCUUUCUCUCACACUGACCUGCCCAGGCUGAAGAAAGGCCAGGUAGCCGCCCAGUUAUGGUCGGUCUAUGUACCGUGUGAGGCCCAGUACCUCAACACGGUACAGUUGUUGCUUGAACAGAUCGACGUGGUGAAGAGGAUGAUCGCUACCAGCCCCCGAGACACUGUCUUAGUGAGGUCUUCUUCAGGAAUCAUGGAGGAGUUCCGGCGUGGGCGUAUGUCCAGCUUACUGGGCGUGGAGGGCGGUCAUGGGCUGGCCAGUAGUAUGGGCGUGGUGCGCGCCUUGUAUGACCUGGGAGUGCGUUACGUCACCCUCACCCACAAGUGCCACACACCCUGGGCAGAAUGUUCAGAGAGAGAUGGUCUGCCCCCUAACACACCCGGCCUCACACCCUAUGGCAAGGAGAUAAUACGAGAGAUGAACCGUGUAGGGCUGAUGGUAGACUUGUCCCACGCCUCUGCCGCCACCGCCCACGACGUUCUCCGCACCUCCCGCGCCCCCGUCAUCUUCUCUCACUCAGCAGCCAGGGCCAUAUGUAAUAUUGAUCGUAAUGUACCUGACGAUGUGCUGAGCUUGCUGGCAGUUAACGGGGGGUUAGUGAUGGUUAGCUUCUACAGCGCCUUCCUCACCUGUAACGAGACGGCCGCCCUCACUGAUGUUGUUGCUCACAUCAACCACGUGCGGACUAUGGCGGGUGCUGAUCACGUGGGCCUGGGGGCUGGUUACGACGGCAUUAACAGGACGCCCGAGGGCUUGGAGGACGUGUCGAGAUAUCCUGAACUGUUCGCUGAGCUUCUGAAGGAUCCCACCUGGUCACUGCAGGACCUGAAGAAGCUGGCUGGCCUGAACCUCCUACGUGUCUUCAGUAAGGUCGAGCAGGUACGCGAGGAACUGGCAGGUGAGAAGCCAUCAGAGGAGAUUAUCCCCAUACAUGAUAUAGACACCCGCUGGCCCUGUAGGUAUAAGUUCUCUAGCCUCGACCACACCCGAACCUGACCUCCUACGCCCACGCCCACGCCAAGGUCAAGGCCAAUAAUACCCAUAACAAUACCCACACCCUUACUCACGCCCACGCCUACGCCAAGGUCAAGGCCAAUAAUACCCAUAACAAUACCCACACUCUUACUCACGCCCACGCCAAGGUUCAAGGCCAAUAAUACCCAUAACAAUACCCACACCCAUACUCACGCCCCUGCUCACGUACAACGCCCUGACCCCAGCACAAGUCCUCAGGUAGACACUUGAGUGAAGGAUCUCUCCGCUAAGUGUCACUUAUCACCCUUACAAGUUCCUCCAAAUUUGUUACUCAUGAGAACACAAGGUCAACCUCCAAACCAUCUGGUUUGACCUGACAUGAAAAUGAUGAUUGGAUGUGACCUGACAUGACCCAGUUUGACCUGACAUGACCCAGUGUGAUCUGAUAUGAUCCCUGUGUGACCUGACAUGAUUUAGUGUGGCCUGAUGUGACCUGCAUUGACCUGACAUGAUUUAGUGUGGCCUGAUGUGACCUGGACUGACCUGACAUCAUUUAGUGUGGCCUGAUGUGACCUGCACUGACCUGACAUGAUUUAGUGUGGCCUGAUGUGACCUGCACUGACCUGACAUGAUUUAGUGUGGCCUGAUGUGACCUGGACUGACCUGACAUGAUUUAGUGUGGCCUGAUGUGAUCUGGACCGACCUGACAUGAUCCAGUGUGACCUGAAGUGACCUAAAAUAACCCAGUGUGACCUAACAUGACCUGGACUGACUUGACUCUGCGACCUGACGUGACCCAGUGUGACCUUACAUGUCCAGGACUGACCUUACAUGACUUAAUGUGAUCUGACAUGACCCAGUGGGACCUAACAUGACCUGGCAUGACUUAGUAUGACCCAGUUUGACCUGUCGUAAGGCCAUCAAUAGUAAAUAAACCACAUUAGUUAGAACUCUCUUUAAUUAUACAAAUUUAUUGUAAGUGUCAAACUUAUUUAUAGUUUUCUCUCAAAAGAUUACUGAACCACCGACUUGUGAUCAUGUUGUACAUAACACAACAGCUACUUGUUGUAUAUAAGUACUAUAAUUACAUGCUGUAGCUACAUAACAAGAACUACAGCUACAUGUUGUACAUUACAAGCACAAGAGCUAUAUAUACUGUACAUAAUAAUUACUACAGCUGCACAUUGUACAUAAGUUCCAAAGCCACAUGUACAUAUUAAAUGCUACAGCUACAUGCUGCACAGAAUACUACAGCUAUACAUUGUACAUACCAAGUACUACAGUUACAUGUACAAAAGAGCAUCUCCCUUCCUCAUAAUGGUGGUGAAACAUUAGUACACCUCCUGACUCUCUCUCUCUCUGUCACCUCAACAGGCUUAACUGGUUGAGUUACCACAGGGGUUAAACAUCAACUUCUAUAUUCAACUAAGAUUCAAAACAUUUAUUCAGGUACAACAAUACAAAAGAGAGCGCAGGUACAGAUACAGUAUGGAUACAAGUUCAGAUACAAAAUACAGUUACAUGUAAAGGUACAAUACAAGUACAGUACAGUUGUCAAUACAGUCAAAAAAACAGUCACUACCAUCUGGUACAGUCAGACGACACAGUCACGUGGGAUAGUCAGAAAACAGUCACGUGGGACAGUCAGAAGACAGUGCGGCCAAUAACCAGAUUGCUCUGAGCUGCACAACUCCCCCAGAUGAUAAAUUUUUUACUGAAUAAAAUUUACCCAGUAAGAUGUCGUUAGUCUCAACAUGUUUUACUGUACAGUGUCACACCACACCACCACCACCACAAUAUACCACACCACCACCAUCACCACACUGUAC